AUGAGCGUGCUAGCGACGCAGCUGAGCGUGCUAGCGAGGCAGCUGAGCGUGCUAGCGACGCAGCUGAGCGUGCUAGCGACGCAGCUGAGCGUGCUAGCGACGCAGCUGAGCGUGCUAGCGACGCAGCUGAGCGUGCUAGCGACGCAGCUGAGCGACGCAGCAGAGCGUGCUAGCGACGCAGCAGAGCGUGCUAGCGACGCAGCAGGCGUGCUAGCGACGCAGAGAGGUGCUAGCGACGCAGCAGAGCGUGCUAGUGACGCAGCAGAGCGUGCUAGCGACGCAGCUGAGCGUGCUAGCGACGCAGCUGAGCGUGCUAGCGACGCAGCUGAGCGUGCUAGCGACGCAGCUGAGCGUGCUAGCGACGCAGCAGAGCGUGCUAGCGACGCAGGUGCAGAGCGUGCUAGCGACGCAGUGAGCGACGCAGCAGAGCGUGCUAGCGACGCGGCAGAGCGUGCUAGCGACGCAGCUGAGCGUGCUAGCGACGCAGCAGAGCGUGCUAGCGGCGCAGCAGAGCGUGCUAGCGACGCAGCAGAGCGUGCUAGCGACGCAGCAGAGCGUGCUAGCGACGCGGCUGAGCGUGCUAGCGACGCAGCUGAGCGUGCUAGCGACGCAGCUGAGGGUGCUAGCGACGCAGCAGAGCGUGCUAGCGACGCAGCAGAGCGUGCUAGCGACGCAGCAGAGCGUGCUAGCGACGCAGCAGAGCGUGCUAGCGACGCAGCAGAGCGUGCUAGCGACGCAGCAGAGCGUGCUAGCGACGCAGCUGAGCGUGCUAGCGACGCAGCAGAGCGUGCUAGCGACGCAGCAGAGCGUGCUAGCGACGCAGGUGAGGGUGCUAGCGACGCAGCUGAGCGUGCUAGCGACGCAGCAGAGCGUGCUAGCGACGCAGCAGAGCGUGCUAGCGACGCAGCUGAGCGUGCUAGCAACGCAGCAGAGCGUGCUAGCGACGCAGCAGAGCGUGCUAGCGACGCAGCAGAGCGUGCUAGCGACGCAGCUGAGCGUGCUAGCGACGCAGCUGAGCGUGCUAGCAACGCAGCUGAGGGUGCUAGCGACGCAGCUGAGCGUGCUAGCGACGCAGCUGAGCGUGCUAGCGACGCAGCAAAGCGUGCUAGCGACGCAGCUGAGCGUGCUAGCGACGCAGCAGAGCGUGCUAGCGACGCAGCUGAGGGUGCUAGCGACGCAGCUGAGCGUGCUAGCGACGCAGCUGAGGGUGCUAGCGACGCAGCUGAGCGUGCUAGCGACGCAGCAGAGCGUGCUAGCGACGCAGCUGAGCGUGCUAGCGACGCAGCAGAGCGUGCUAGCGGCGCAGCUGAGCGUGCUAGCGACGCAGCUGAGCGUGCUAGCGACGCAGCUGAGCGUGCUAGCGACGCAGCUGAGCGUGCUAGCGACGCAGCUGAGCGUGCUAGCGACGCAGCUGAGCGUGCUAGCGACGCAGCAGAGCGUGCUAGCGACGCAGCUGAGGGUGCUAGCGACGCAGCAGAGCGUGCUAGCGACGCAGCAGAGCGUGCUAGCGACGCAGCAGAGCGUGCUAGCGACGCAGCAGAGCGUGCUAGCGACGCAGCAGAGCGUGCUAGCGGCGCAGCAGAGCGUGCUAGCGGCGCAGCUGAGCGUGCUAGCGGCGCAGCUGAGCGUGCUAGCGACGCAGCUGAGCGUGCUAGCAACGCAGCUGAGGGUGCUAGCGACGCAGCAGAGCGUGCUAGCGACGCAGCUGAGCGUGCUAGAGACACAGCUGAGCGUGCUAGCGACGCAGCUGAGCGUGCUAGCGACGCAGCUGAGGGUGCUAGCGACGCAGCAGAGCGUGCUAGCGACGCAGCAGAGCGUGCUAGCGACGCAGCAGAGCGUGCUAGCGACGCAGCUGAGCGUGCUAGCGACGCAGCUGAGCGUGCUAGCGACGCACCUGAGCGUGCUAGCGACGCAGCAGAGCGUGCUAGCGACGCAGCAGAGCGUGCUAGCGACGCAGCAGAGCGUGCUAGCGACGCAGCAGAGCGUGCUAGCGACGCAGCUGAGCGUGCUAGCGACGCAGCUGAGCGUGCUAGCGACGCAGCUGAGCGUGCUAGCGACGCAGCUGAGCGUGCUAGCGACGCAGCUGAGCGUGCUAGCGACACAGCUGAGCGUGCUAGCGACGCAGCUGAGCGUGCUAGCGACGCAGCUGAGCGUGCUAGCGACGCAGCAGAGCGUGCUAGCGACGCAGCUGAGCGUGCUAGCGACGCAGCUGAGCGUGCUAGCGACGCAGCUGAGCGUGCUAGCGACGCAGCUGAGGGUGCUAGCGACGCAGCUGAGCGUGCUAGCGACGAAGCUGAGGGUGCUAGCGACGCAGCUGAGGGUGCUAGCGACGCAGCUGAGGGUGCUAGCGACGCAGCUGAGGGUGCUAGCGACGCAGCAGAGCGGCUAGCGACGCAGCAGAGCGUGCUAGCGACGCAGCUGAGGACGGAAGGAAGGAAUGACGCAUGGGAUGAGCGAUGCACCCAUGAUAAAAGCGACGCCUAUAGCACGUCGCCUGCGACGCAUAUAGCCUCGUGA